GCCCAGUGCCCAAGUCGCCCCGGGGUGGCAGUUCCCGUUAACCUUAACCACAAAGUCAAGACGGCAGAGCAGGUGCCCCGGAGGCCUCUGCGGAUGGAGGGUGGCCUGGCUGGUGCGAGCACAGGAGAUGGGCCGGUGAUGAAGAUCAAGCAAGAGAAGCCCGAGUGGCUGCUGCAGACGCUGAUGCCGCAGGCCGUGCUCUCCGAGAAGGAUAAGGAAAACAUUUUCCAGCAGCAUCGGGGCCUCCCGCCGUGCCAGACCGUGGGGAAGCCUCGGGCCCUGGGGGGACAGGAGGAGCCUGGGGGUCCAAGAUGGGCCCCUCCCCCUGAGCAGGCCGGGGGGCUGGCGGGCCGGGCUCUCUCUGCCGGCGAGGGUCACUUCGUGUGCCUGGACUGCGGGAAGAGGUUCAGCUGGUGGUCGUCCCUGAAGAUCCACCAGCGCACCCACACCGGGGAGAAGCCGUACCUGUGCGGCAAGUGCGGCAAGAGCUUCAGCCAGAAGCCCAACCUGGCGCGCCACCAGCGCCACCACACGGGCGAGCGGCCCUUCUGCUGCCCCGAGUGCGCGAGGCGCUUUAGCCAGAAGCAGCACCUGCUCAAGCACCAGAAGACCCACGCGCGGCCCGCCACCCACUCGUGCCCCGAGUGCGCGCGCUGCUUCCGCCACCAGGUGGGCCUCCGCAUCCACCAGCGCGCGCACGCCCGGGACCGCCCGGGCGCCCGCGCGGGGCUGCAGGAGUUGCUGCGGGACGCCGCCGCCGCCGCCGCCCGCAGGGACUGUCGCCUGCGGGCCGGGCCGCCGCGGGGCCGCCCCGAGUGGGCCUGGCUGGGGCUCUGCCAGGGCUGGUGGCGCCAGGCGGGGGCCCGGGCCGCAGUCGCCGCCGCGGGGCCGGCCGAGCAGCGCCAGUUCAUCUGCAACGAGUGCGGCAAGAGCUUCACGUGGUGGUCGUCCCUGAACAUCCACCAGCGCAUCCACACGGGCGAGCGGCCCUACCCGUGCCCCGAGUGCGGCCGCCGCUUCAGCCAGAAGCCCAACCUGACGCGGCACCUGCGCAACCACACCGGCGAGCGGCCGCACCCCUGCCUGCACUGCGGCCGCAGCUUCCGCCAGAAGCAGCACCUGCUCAAGCACCAGCGCACGCACCUGCCCGGCGCCCAGGCGGCGCGCUGCCCCAGCUGCGGCCAGAGCUGCCCCAGCCGCGCGGCCCUGCGCGCCCACCAGCGCGCGCACGCCGCCCCCGCCGCCGCGCCGUCGCGCCCCGGGCCCGCAGUGCGCAGCGAGCCGCAGGCCGAGGCGCCCCCGGGGCUGACGGCGCCGCCGCGCGGCCCCCAGGCGGCCCGGGGCCCGGGCGGCGCGCCGUGGGGCCGGGCGCGGGCGGGCCUGGCCGGGCCGGGCGAGCCCCGCCAGUUCAUCUGCAACGAGUGCGGCAAGAGCUUCUCGUGGUGGUCGGCGCUCACCAUCCACCAGCGCAUCCACACGGGCGAGCGGCCCUACCCGUGCCCGGAGUGCGGCCGCCGCUUCAGCCAGAAGCCCAACCUGACGCGGCACCGGCGCAACCACACGGGCGAGCGGCCCUACCUGUGCGCCGCGUGCGGCCGCGGCUUCAGCCAGAAGCAGCACCUGCUCAAGCACCAGCGCGUGCACCGGGGGGCCCUGGCGCCCACCCCCAGCGCCGAGGACCAGGCGCUUUAGUGCGCCUCGGACCCAAGCGGACUCGCGGGGGCGGGAGGGGACGUCUGUGGGGGUGCGCGUGGCCAGGAACGGUGGCUCCUAUGACCCCGGGGGGUAAACCCCCGUCAAAAGGCGAUUUCCUCCAGGCUCCGAAGGCUAGAGAACAGAAUUCCGGUAGCAUCCCAAAGGGGACAGGUAGAGGUCCCAGUGUGGGCUCAGGGAGGACGUAAGACGAAGCAUUCCUCACUCAGGAGCCCGGAUGUGUCCGUCUGUCCCUCGGAGGUGGGAGGGAGGUGGGGGAUGGCCCAGGGCUGGACUGAUUGUCCCAUGCAGGCUGCCGGACGGCCAGAGGCCAGUCUAGUGCGGGCAGUUUUAACAGACGCGCUGGUAUAGCAAGGACAGAAGCCAAGCAGUCGCGGCUGAGGAGGGUCAAGCACAGUCCCAAUGUCAAGGGCAGUGCCUGGCACUUAAUGGCCAUUCAGUGCAUAUGUUUGGAAGGACUGAAUGGCUCUGCGGUCCUUCUCAACCCUGAGUGCCCCAAAGCCCAGGGUGCUGCCACAGUGGGCUGGACGUUGGGACUGGUAUGGGUGUGGUGGCCGGACUGGCACGAGAGGGGUGGGUGGCAGCUGAGGUUCAGUAGCUUGGGGAGGGGCCCACAGCAGGAAAAGAAGCCCUCGUGUGGCGCUCCCAGUGGCCGUCACUGACUUGGAUCCUUCUCAAUGUCAGUGUUGCAGAAGAGAAAAAAAAAAUGAAGGAUGGACUGUC